UACUGAUUGUUCUGAAAAUGAUGGAAAAAAAACGAAAAAGAAGAAUAUGGAGGAUCUUAAAAAAGAGCUUGAGAUGGAUGAACACAAAAUAGAUCUUAAAGAUUUGUUAAUAAGACUGGAAACAAGUGUAGAAAAAGGACUCAGCACAAGCAUUGUUGAAAGAAAUUUAGCUCGAGAUGGUUUAAAUUGUCUUCAAGGUGUCAAAGGUACAUCUCAAUGGAUAAAAUUUUUAAAGCAAAUGACAAACGGUUUUGCAUUACUUUUGUGGGCUGGAGCUAUACUUUGUUAUAUUGUAAGCAUUAUUCGUUUUACAAGCCAACCAGAUCCAGUAUAUGAUGAAGUGUACUUGGGCACUGCUUUGGCAGUUGUUGUUCUUGUUACUGGUAUUUUUUCAUAUUAUCAGGAUUCAAAAAGUUCCAGAAUUAUGGAUAGUUUUAAAAAACUUAUUCCACAAGAAGCCACAGUGAUGCGUGAUGGUUCAAAAGUAACAAUAAAUCCCAGUUAUUGUGUUGUAGGAGAUGUUGUUUAUUUGAAAAGUGGUAACAGGAUUCCUGCUGAUGUUCGCAUUAUUGAAUCUAGAGGGAUGAAGGUUGACAAUUCUUCAUUAACAGGGGAAUCUGAGCCUCAAUCACGAAAUAUUGAUUGUACUUCUGACAACCCAAUUGAAACAAAAAAUCUUGGUUUUUUUUCCACCAAUGUACUUGAAGGAGAUGGUAUUGGAAUUGUUGUUAAAGUUGGAAAUAAAACAGUUAUGGGUCGUAUUGCAAAUCUUGCAUCAGGAUUGGAAAGUGGUAAAACACCAAUUGCUAUUGAAAUUGAACAUUUUAUUCAUAUAAUAACAGGUGUUGCUGUAUUUUUUGGUGUCCUCUUUUUUAUUAUUUCAAUGGGUAUGGGCUAUAAUUGGUUACAGUCUUUUAUCUAUCUUGUUGGUAUUAUUGUAUCAAAUGUUCCUGAAGGUCUUCUUGCUACUGUCACGGUUUGUCUUACAUUAACAGCUAAAAAAAUGGCUAAAAAAAAUUGUCUAGUAAAAAACUUACAAGCUGUUGAAACACUUGGAAGUACUUCAGUUAUUUGUUCAGAUAAAACAGGAACAUUAACCCAAAAUCGCAUGACAGUUGCCCAUGUCUGGUUUGACCUACACACUGUUGAAAUAAAUACUUCAGAUAAUCAACCUAGUUUUCUUGAGAAUCAAAAUUCACCGACAUGGCAGGCACUUGCAAGAAUUGGUGCGUUAUGUAGCAGAGCUGAUUUUAAAAGUGGUCAAGAAAAUGUUCCAGUAAUGAGAAAAGACUGUACUGGUGAUGCAUCAGAGGUGGCCAUUUUAAAAUUUAUUCAAAACACUGUUGGAGAUGUUAUGAGCAUACGUUCAAAACAUAAAAAACUUGCAGAGGUUCCUUUUAACUCAACUACAAAAUAUCAAGUGUCUGUUCAUGAGAUAGAAAAUAUCAGUGUAACUUCUAAUGGACCAUCCUAUUUUGCUGUUAUGAAAGGUGCACCUGAGAGAAUCUUGGAGAGAUGUUCAACUGUUCUAAUUGAUGGAGAGGAAAAACCAAUUGAUGAAGACUUUAUAGAUAUGUUUAACAAGGCUUAUGCAUCUCUCGGCGGUUUUGGAGAGCGUGUAUUGGGGUUUUGUCAAUAUUACUUUCCUCUUGACCAAUAUCCUAAUGGGUUUGCAUUUAACUCAGAGGAUCCUAACUUUCAACAGGAUAGAUAUUGUUUUAUUGGUUUAAUGAGCAUGCUGGAUCCACCAAGACCUUCAGUACCAGAUGCUGUGAGUAAAUGCAGAAGUGCUGGAAUUAAAGUCAUCAUGGUAACAGGCGACCAUCCCAUUACAGCCAAAGCUAUAGCUAAAAGUGUUGGAAUCAUAUCUGAAGGAACUGAUACUGUUGAAGACAUGGCACAGAGGUUGAAUAUACCCAUUGAAGAAGUCAGAAAAGAUCAAGUGAAAGCGUGUGUAGUAAGUGGUGCUCAGUUAAAAGACAUGAGUCAAACAGAACUUGAUGAAGUUUUGAAAAAUCAUACUGAGAUUGUUUUUGCUCGAACAUCUCCUCAGCAAAAAUUAAUUAUUGUUGAAGGUUGUCAACGUCUUGGUGCCAUUGUCGCUGUUACUGGUGAUGGUGUAAAUGAUUCACCUGCUUUAAAAAAGGCAGAUAUUGGUAUUGCAAUGGGUAUAGCUGGAUCAGAUGUGUCAAAACAAGCUGCUGAUAUGAUCCUACUUGAUGAUAACUUUUCUUCAAUUGUCACUGGUGUUGAAGAAGGACGUUUAAUAUUUGAUAAUUUAAAGAAAGCAAUUGUCUACAGUUUAACCUGUAACAUUCCAGAAUUAACUCCAUUCAUCUUUUUUAUCAUACUAAAUAUUCCUCUGCCACUUGGAACCAUUCCGAUGUUACUGAUCUGUGUAGGUACUGAUAUUGCUCCUGCUAUCUCAUUGGCUUAUGAACCUCCAGAAAAUGAUAUUAUGGAGCGUAAACCAAGAGAUCCUAAAUGUGACAACCUUGUGAAUGCUCGUCUUAUUUGUCAAUCUUAUGCUGUCAGAGGUGUAAUUGAGUCUGUUGGUGCUUUUUUGUGUUACUUCAUUGUUAUGGGUGAAAAUGGAUUCCGACCUAUAUAUUUACUUGGCCUAAGAAAUGAUUGGGAUGAUAAAACUAACAAUAAUCUUCUUGAUUCCUAUGGAAGUGAAUGGAGUUAUCAUCAACGCAAAGAGCUGGAGUAUACAGUUUAUUCAGCCUAUUUUACUGCCAUUGUUGUUUCACAAUUUGGUGAUCUUUUUGCCAGUAAGACACGGCGACUGUCUCUAUUUCAACAUGGAAUAAGUAAUUGGGUUAUAUUCUUUGCGAUAUUUUUGGAGACAGCUUUAGCUUCAAUUGCCCAGUAUACACCUGGAUUGAAUACUGCUUUGACAUUGCGUCCAAUUAGAUUUGUUUAUUGGUUGCCUGGUUUACCGUAUGGCUUAUUAAUACUUGUUGUAGACGAACUAAGAAAGUUAAUUAUAAGUCGUAAUCCAGGAGGUUGGAUGGAAAAAGAAGCAUAUUAUUAGAUGGCAUUUUUUUCUAACAAGUCGAUUUUUUAAAGUAAAGUUAUGUACAUUUAUGUUCAAAGUUUAUUCGCUCUUGUU